AUGGUCUGGAGUUUGGAAUUGGUGCUGGGUCUGUUCAUAACCACACCGUGGAUCCGCAGUUUCAACAAGCAACGUUUCAUCACCUCAGAUUGCCCGUGUGAUGAUACAGACUUGUGCUGGCCCUUGCAUCGACACAAUCAGGCGGAAGUCGAGGUAUUUGCCUUUCACUUUAACGAUAGCAAUUGGAAGCAAUAUGACUGGUCGAAGAUCACAACAAUUGUAGUCGCUGAAGACUCUGAACCAGAUGCUGCUUGUACUGCUCAUGCAAAUAAUGCUCGAAUUGUCUUGAAAGGAAUGUCGGAUUAUAUCAGACUGGGCAUUGACUCCAGAAAGCUGGUGAUGGGCGUUGCUUGGUACGGUUAUGACUACACCUGCAAGCGCUUUCUCGGGGUGGGUGAGUGUGAACUGGAAACGAUUUCCCAAGGAGUCCCAUGUAGUUAUACUAAAGCAAGACGGAUCCCAUACAAAGACAUCAUGCAGCGUCUGCCGAGAUCACUCACUGGCAGGUUCUGGGACGUUGAUCGGAAAGCCCCAUAUUUUGACUACUUGGUUGGUAACACGUACCACGAGGUCUGGUACGAUGAUCCCGAGAGCAUUUCUAUGAAGGUGUCUAUCAUGAUGAAACUGAACCUCUGUGGUAUCGGUGUGUGGGCUGCAAACAACAUCAACUACACUGGUGAUGUCAGAGCAAGAAUGCAGGCUGCGGAGAUGUGGAACGCCGUGUGUCGUCCCUGGUGGAAUUACCGAGUGUGA